GUUAGAAGAACACAGAAGAUGGAGCUUUGCUGUUGGCAUUCAGAGGGUAGAGGGUGACCAUGAGGGUGGCUGUGGAAGCCUCCAUCGUGCUCCUCCUAGUGACAGCGUCCGAUGCUGCGGUGAUCACAGGGGCCUGUGAGUGGGACGUCCAGUGUGGGGCGGGCACCUGCUGUGCCAUCAGCUUGUGGCUGCGGGGGCUGCGGAUGUGCACUCCACUGGGACGCCAAGGAGAGGAGUGUCACCCCAGCAGCCACAAGGUCCCCUCCUUCAGGAAACGCCGGCACCACACCUGCCCUUGUCUGCCCAACCUGCUGUGCUCCCGCUUCCUGGACGGCAGGUACCGCUGCUCCCUGGACUUGAAGAACAUCAACUUCUAA